AUGCAUUGUACAAGAAAGCACCUUCUCUUUGAUAAAAGCUACUUUAUCUCGUUUAACUAAGAUAGUAUGAAUAUUGGUGAAGUAAAAUCACAUUUAUUAACUCAGUCUACCUAACAUACGAAAUAUUCAAUUCCCUUAACACUUUAAACAGAAAUUGAUUGGAAGGUCUCCUCAGAAAAUUUAUUGUUGGAGGCAUUUAGUAUAAUUUGGAAAAAUGAGUAGAGAUAUUUUUAUGCAGACCCUAAUGUUCUACUCAGAGUCAAAAAUUAUCUAGGUGGAAGAGUAAGUUUUAAAAGAAUAGAUAUUUUCUACAAAUAAAUCGGGAAAAUAGAGAAUAGAAGCUCAACCUCGAUAUACACCAUAUAAGGAUUUGAUGACGAUAAAGUUUAUGCUUGUAAGGAAGUGAAGAAAUCAAAACAACACUCAAAUAAAUUAUUUCAAAAUGAAGUUGAAACUUUGAAGUAACUAAACCAUCAAAACAUAGUAAAGUUGGUAGAAGUGUUCGAAAGUGAAAACUCCUAUUUAAUCGUCUUGGAAUUAUUGAAGGGAGGGUCUCUUUCUCAGUGUCUGAAAUACUGCAGGUUGACCCUCAAUGAAGUAGAAAUAAUAUUAAAAUAAAUUCUAGAAACUCUUUGUUACCUCCAUGAGAAAGGCUUCGUCCACAGAGAUCUUAAGCCGGACAACAUACUUUUUCGCGAAUUGGGAUAAUUCUCCAAUUUAAAACUAAUCGACUUUGGAAUUUCCUGUAAGAUUCCAGAUUUGGAGAAAGAUUCUGAAAUGAGUUUUGGAACACCUGGCUAUAUAGCGCCGGAAAUUUUAAAUAAUACAAAUAAAAAAAGAUUAUCAUAAAAAAUAGACAUCUUUAGUUGUGGAGCCAUACUAUAUUAUAUGUUAACAGGAUCAAGAUUGAUCUCCGGUGUUAGCGCAUAGGAAAUCUACUAAAACAACAAGAAAUAUACCCUCAACAAUCAAAUACUUCAAAAAGUCAAAGCUGAAAAUUAUAGAGAACUAUUAUCAAAGAUGAUUAAUGAGGAUCCUGAUUAAAGAAUAGAUGCAAGACAAGCUUUAAAUUACUUCUAAUUGAUGACCGUCCAAACAAAGGGUUCCUUAUCUACUUCAUUGCAUUGUGCCCAAGAUCCAAUUCAAAAAUUACCAAACUUUAGAAAGUUGAUAACGAAAAGUUGA